AUCUAAUAGCACGUGACAAACUUAACCUGUCGAUAAAUGUGUCACGGGACAUGUUUAACCUCUCUUUAAACAAAUCUUUGAAUUACAAAUGUUAUACGAAAUCAAGUUGCAUAAAAAUAUAUUAUAAUUUAGAAUUAGGAGAAAAAUGCAAAUCUCUGUUAUUUAAAACGAUAUAUGUCUAUCUUAGUUAAUACGUUCAUCUGCUUUAUUUGCAGAUAAUAUGUACUUUUUUAAUAAAUAAUGCUAUUUCUAUCUCUAUACAAGUGCUAAUGUAGUAAUACUAAUACUUUACUUCAGCUAUAUAGUCAAGAAAGGGACUUGGUUUACAAUAGCUAAUAUAAUAGAGUAUCAAUCACAGAAGAUAUGUGGACUCCAUACAAAGAGCUUCAAAGUCUCGUUGAGAAAUAUGUAAUAUCGGUUCCAGAUAUUCAAGAUCCUCAGUAUCAUGAACUCACAGAAGCUUUGCGAAAUCACAGACAAAAUUUUCUCACUUUAUUAAAGAAUCCUCCAAAAAAUAUGAAAAGUCGUGAGGAAAUUAAGAAAGGAGUAACAGAUGGUAUUACGCUACCUGGUUUGGGUCAUCAAAUAUUAUCAAAAGAAUUAGUAGAUGAGACUCUUAUCAUAUCAGAUAUGUACGAUUUGAAUGAGUUUAUGGCACUGGACCUUCUCUGUACGGCUCAACUUCAAAUGCCACAUCAUCCAGGUUUAACGCGUGGUUUAACAGCUGUUCUUCUGUAUUACGAUGGAAGGAAAGCACUCACAUCAGUAUUAAGAACAUUAGUACACGCCCGAAUUGGUCACAGUUGGGCAGUGGAUGCACCAAUUGCUCUUACAAGACAUAUUACAGAAUAUACAAAUAAGUUGCAAGAGGAUGGCCUAUUAAAUAGGAUUCUAUCCUUGUUAGAGGAAAUGGAUCCCACUAAGGAACAAGAUUUACUGCAACAAAAUAGGGCAUUAGGCGAAGCAAAGCAUCGUCAGAUGGUUAUGAAGCUUUACAAUGACACACGACAAGAUCUAGCUGAUAUUUUGUACUUAUGGUCCGCUCAGUCGUCUCUUCCAAAUAAUAUCCUAUUUUGUUUAUUAUCUAUACUGCAAACACGUCAAGUUGAAUCUGAAGCGGGUGAAGGAGGACCAGACAAAGUUACACUUGCACUCAUUAUGGCUGUUUUGAAUGCCUUCAACUUUAGUUUCUUACACAGUCGCGAAAAUGGCGAAGAAUUAAUUAAUUCGAUGCCACUAAUAGCGAAAAGGACAGGAGGAAGAACAGGAGAAUUCCUGGAGGAAUUAAAUAAAAAGUUGUUAUCCACUAACAUAAAUUGGGAAAGUGCUGGGCUACGAGGAGUGAUUCAAUUCGCUUUAGCAAUAGCUAUGAUCACUCUUAAAACAACCACUAUUCAAUUCCAGUCUCAGAACAUCAUCGCGGAAGAUGAGAUACUAAUAGAGGCGGCUCUAGCUAAUAAAGCCUUCCAUUUUAUGGCUGAAGUUUUGUUUAAGAAUAGUUGCAUACAUCAGGAAGAAUUUUACGUCCGCUAUUUUCAUACGUUAAUCUCUGACUUCAUAUUAUUGAUGCCCGUUAAAAUUAAAGAAUUACGCAGUCGUGCUGAUGAAUCUAUGCGUCUGAUCCAAGCAUUUCAGCAAGAAGGCAUCGAACCUCCAAUGAAUUUGGAUAAUCAUUUUGAAUACUUAAUGUUGAUGGUAGCAGAACUGUAUAAAGAAGAUCCAUUGAAAUUAAAUUUGGCCAUGGAUUAUUGGUGUCAUCAUACUGACACGACUCAUGUGUCAGCUCCCGCAUACAUCAGUCGCCUGCCGUCUAGACAAGUUGCUCUAUUCAAAUUUAUACGUCUUGCUGGAGAGAUAUUACCGGCAGGUUUAUUUGUUCCAUAUAUGAAAAUGAUAGCGUCUCUCGCCUCGUCGCCACAAGCAGCUAGAUAUGCAUUUAAUUUUUUCAAACCAAACGGAUCGUCUGGUUCGGCAACUAUAUCAUGGGAUCAUUUCUUCAAUUCCUUAAAUCGAUACUAUUACAAUUUGAGACAGGAAUUACCACCUAGUCAGGAUACAGUGUACAGACAGAGGUGUCAUCCGAAAGGAAUUAUGCCUCAAGAAGUUAAAGGUCUCGAAGCAGUGUUACUAGUUGUCCAGGUGAUAGCCAAGAACGACGAGAUGUCGAGAGUUGCGAUAUGCGAUCACCCGAGUUGGAAAGUUUUGCAGUCUUUGAUCGGCCUGGUGAGCUGCGCAAUGCCAAUACCUUUGAAGGGCGUGCUAGUGAGAACCCUUGCAGCACUGGCCAGAUCACCAGAGAGCUCCUCUAUUGUUUGGCAAAGCUUGGAGGCUGCUCAGUUUCUGUCUACCAUACCAACAACGAGCAGUUACCAGCCGAGAGGCGUGCAAACAGAACUGGAAGAGAUCGAAUCUAGGAACGAGGAAUAUCCGUUGACGCGCGCCAUGUUAGAACUGUUAGAUGUGCUCACUGAUUUUCCAGUACCACGCCUAUUAGGUGUAGGCCAGCGAAAUCCAGGAUUCGACCCAUAUCUGCAUUUCAUCAUCAAUACCGUCUUCCUAAGAUUCCACACUCGUUCAUACAAAAAUUCCGCCGAGAAGUGGGAGGUGGCGAAAGCUUGUCUGAAGAUAUUCUCGAAGCUGAUAAAGCAGUACGAACCAACCGUCGAGGAUUUUGUCGGCUGCAAAGUUGAGUUGCAAGGUGGUGAAUCCACCUUGGUUAAUUCGGCUCCAGGAUAUCACCUGAUGACGCAACUGCAUACCAAUUCAGAACUGUUACAUGUGAUAUUAUACAUUUUGGACGAAGGUUGCGUCUAUUUUGAUACCUAUGACAGCUUUCCAGGCAAGAAGUAUCUUGAAAGUUGCAGCCUUUAUUGCUUGGAGAUACUGGAACGUGGCUUAAAGAUGCAGAACAAUUACAUGGCACAGUUGACCGCCAUACCAUCCGUGAACAAAAUUAUGACCGGACUGUCGCGCUUGCUUCUCGGAGUGAAUUCUCGCACUGGCAAACCGGAUCAUAUGAUUAAUAUUGUCAAGUAUGUUUCUUACAAUUCGUGGUUACCGAAACAAGCCUUCGUGGCAGUUGGCGUUAUUCACGGUGUAACUAACGAGCCUGGAGCAGAUUCCGAAUUGCUGUCGACGUUCACGGUAACUUCUACUUUAGCGACAAACGUCAGGCAUGGCUUUGUUGAGUGCCUGGACGCGGAUAAUAUUUCGGAGGACGACGACGAGAUGAUUAGAAUGGACGAUCAGAACAGGCAGUCGAUUGGAAACUGCAAAGAGAGAAUUUUGCUCCUGAUGAUGCACAGUAUCACACGACCUGCACCUAAUCUCGCCCACUACUUGCUUGGCUUCGAAAUAACGAAGGACAUCAGGAAGACCGUGAUCCAACAGCCGGGAAUCCUCGGAUUUCCGCGUACUUGCCUGCACUCCAUCUUGGGUAUUCUGGAGCAAUCUCUUGAGCGUGGUCGCGAUAAAAUAACCGAAGCUUGCUACUGCUAUCUCCAUACGUUGGCGGCUAACGGCAAAACGUCAGCGCCCGUUCUUAGAUUUUUACGUACUACGAGUAAUCAGGACUUUGUGCAGAGACAUCUCUCGAAAUUACCGUUUCAGGGGUCAAACAGAUCGACCGAACUCGGCUGCAUGUCCUGGCUGUUGAAAAUCGCGGCUAUCGAGUUGCGAGUUGCUGGCGGUAGCUUGCAAACUUCUCUGAUUCAGCGGUUGGUUGGAAGUUUCAGUCAGGACAAGGACCAGAUCGUGCCCUCGCAGAAGCUCUUGAUGGAUCUCUUGCACUACAUCGAUUUCCAAUUGUAUCUGGAGCCCACGAAAUCAUGGGAAUUCUUCGAUCCGUCGCAAAUUGAGAUGGUGCUGGGCAAGUGCAGCACUCCUGUAGCGCUAAUGGGUGGCCCAUGGUUGAUUGACAUCAGGAAGUUGCAUUCUCUUAUUACCGAGGAAUUGACGGUCACACAGAGCAGCGCAACCGCCACCCAACGCAAGCUCAUGCAGCAAGAGGUGAAAUCUAUCCUCGCGCAUGCAUUGAAGAAGAAUCAAACCAAGGUCCUAUCCUACGCGACUGUUAAAUUCGUAGAAGGCUGGUGUCAAACCACGGAGAUACUUUUCUCCGUCGCGACGAAUCAACAGUUGCCAGUAGCUCAACGACAGAAUCUUCUGCUGAAUUUGUCGCAUGAUCUGCUGCAGAAAAUGACAUCCUGCGAGGCUCUGAGCGAGAUUAAAACGCUGGUGUCUGGCACGGUCCUGAUGCUACUGGUCAACCUGCGAAACAGUUUUGUGAUUCAGUCGGAUAACGAGUUAUUGCCAUCGUCACCAUCGAACACAACAAUGAUGAAAAUUAUCUUAAGUCACAUCUUACAAUGGAUUAUAAACGCUGGUGCGUCUUCGCAGAAGGUCGUGACGCAUCUUUACGCAGCUCUGUUAAAUUUCUUGAGUAUCGUUGGCUUAGAAAAAACCGAGUAUGUGAGCGCAAUCGACUCAAUGUACAUUAGCCAAUUGGACAAUUCAUUAAACAGACUUAUGCCUAUGCAAGAACGCUCGCAACGUUAUGCGACAAUUCAGGUCAUCAACAGUUUCGGAAAUCAGUUGAUGGACAUUCUGUGCCAUAAUUGCUCUGGUGGGCAUGAUGUAUGCAAGAUGCUGGCAUUGUCUUGCCUAGACAAGAUCUUAGAAUUGGAUUAUGAUAAUGCAUGGAUGAUCUAUUUAGCGAGCAGAGGCUACUUAAAGCAUAUGAUAGACAGUCUGUUGGAAUCGGACAAUCUGCUGCGAGGCAUGCUGCAACCAGAGCCACAGACAAUGCGGCCCUUGUAUCUGUACGAGGCAAAGGUGGCAAUCUUUUGUAGAAUGGCGUCGACGAGAUUAGGCGCCGAGAGCUUGCUGGAGAACAAAAUCUUAUCCUGCAUGUCCAGUAUGUGUGCGUUUGAUCAGCAUCCUGACGUGCACAUAGGCUUCGAGGGUGGCGAAUAUUCGUUUAUACCCUCGGUUGGGCAACGCUAUCAGCAAAUUUUCUUACCAGCUUUAUAUCUCUGCGACGCUCUGUUCACCACGCUAGGGACGGAGAAUCAGUCGUGCGCCGUGCAAGUCUGCGGAUUUCUACAGAGUCAUAGGGAUACCGUGGAAAUGGCGCUGAGAAAUGCGUUCUCACACGCUAAUGUGCUCUUUUUGAAGGAGGUCGCAUGUCUUACUGGAGUAAUAUCUAGAUCCGCUAAUAUAGACAUGUACAAACUCGUGGACGAGGAAUUGGCAAAAAUAAAUGUAGAUGAUUAUAAAUUGGAGAGCAGCACCGGGAUGAGAGAAUUACGAGCGCAUCUGUACCGAUUACAGAAAUUGAUGUUGUCGUUGUUACACAAAUUUCAGUUGCAGUCGAUCCCGAUAAAUCACAAUUACCAACAAGUCGACGCGAACCAACAAUACAUUUCUUGUAUACAAAUAGUUGCCAAUGUCAUGCUGUAUACACGCAAUCAAAUGCAACACAGUCGUAUGGAUCAGAAAAUACGGAAUGUAUUGUUUGAUCCUCAUUUAACACCGAAGCCUGGAAGAAGACAGGACAAGCUAAAGGACACUUCUGGUGGAGUGUGUUUAGGCACAAUCGUCGAACAAUUGGUUUCCGUUACAAACUUGCUGCACACUGAAUUACCGCAUCUCGAUUCUCUGAUAAAGAAAGCAGUAGUAGUAAAUGACAUGAGUACAGCAGAAUUAAAGAAAUAUAUGUCCGAAAAUGAGGUGGCACUUGAUAUAGGAAAACAACGAAUACUUGUCGAACAGAAAUUAAAUCGUUGGAUAAAGGAUAAACGGCAAAGCAUAAAAUAUUGCUCUCUUAUAAUAGAGCACACCUUAUACAUUCUUUGGAGUCACUUAGAUUUUUAUACUAUGCAGAUCAUAUCACGGCAAACUCAAAGAGUGCAUGUUUCUUCAGGUGGUGUUGACGAAAGCAUGAUAGAAUGGAAGGUUUCAUCCGAAACGUUAAUGGAGUUGAAACAAGGACUCGUUUCUACAUUUACAGAUACUUUUAUUACACAACUGUUGGACACGUCACAUAGUGAAUACGCAACAGUGGACCGUAGCUUUAUCGAAGCCCUCAUAAGACGAAUUAAGAGAUUGUUACAAUUUAUAAUUAUAAAAUAAUGAAGAAUUAAUGUUUGCGUUUACGUAUAGUUUCAAUUUUAAUUACAUAUUUUUUUACUUUACUUUGUAUACUCCACUUGUUGUUAAUCGCCAUUUGUUACGCAGAUCGGGUAUGAACAGUAUAUGUGUACUGUGGAGAUAAAAAAUAACGAUUAAAUUUAGAAUCCUGUAUGUAUAAUCUAUUUUAAUUUAUGUAAAUGAGAAUCGUAGUUAUUUCAUACUUUAAAUAGUUUAAAUCAUUCUUUUUUGCAUCUGGCAAAACAUCCUAGAUUUAUAUUAACAAUCUUCUCCUAUAUUUUUUUAUAUGACGUGUCUCAUGCAAUAAAAUAUAUUCUUGUAAAA